UACGAUACUCAUCCCGGUUGUUUUAUCGUGAUCUAAUUCACUGCUUUGUUCUGCUACAGAGCGAGUGUUCUCGCCAUUGCCUGUGGCAGAUUGACAUUAUAGAGCUUCCCUCCCCCUGCUGGGGUAGCCAGUUCAGCCGUGUAAGCAGAGGUGUGUCAACGAUAAAUGACCCUCGCUCCUGCGUUUCCUCUUUCUGCGUUCCGUCUAGUUGAACACCAAGAUUCGCUAGUUCUUUGAGUUGCAUAUCAGAUUAACGGCAUAACGUUUUUGCACCUUCAACCAACCCUGUCUUCGUUUGCUCGAGACUGACACUCUGCCACACGAUACACAAUGAAUACUAUCUUUUUCUAGGCUGUAUUCUUCGUUUUCUGCUGAUAUACCUCCUGCCGCUUGCGAUGUUGCGUGCCAGUCGCCAUCUCUUUUUGAUGCCUUCACCUCAUCUUCGUCUGCUAUGAGCUCACGACACUCGUCUUUCCCGUCUCCUGUUCCAUUUCGUCUUCCUUGCCAGCCCAUUCAGUUGUGUUUUGGUUCACAGUCGCCAGUGUCGAGGCGAUCUUGCUCUCAACAAGCAGGCGAAACCGCUGGGAAAGUUCGACCGUGUAACAGCGGGAAAACGUCCGUGUUCCCUUCCCUACCUUGUUCGCGUUGCGUCCUCUCUAACGGGACGGCAGAGGCUAUUAGAGCAGAAUGCAUCUGUCAUAGUGACACAAAUUGUCGACCCGGUUCUACAGCAAAAACGGAGGAUGGAACAAAACCGACGAAUUCAUCAGGACGGAUGACUCGCACAAAAAGACUAUCCGUAUUCGCCUGGGAGUAAUAAGGUGGGGGACUAUGCGGAUACCAGUGGUGGAUCCCAGUGAUCGCCUAUUCGGGAUACGAGUGCGCGAAGACCUACAUGGGAUUGUCAGCGUGGCUCAGUGAAGCGUGUUUGCUGGUGCCACUUGAGGGCAACUGACUGUCGGGACGUGAGAGACUAUAGGUAAACGAGGAUGCACUGUUUCUGAAAACAGUGUUGCUCUCAGGCACGCAGUGUAUUCUUCCAAUUUCAGAUGGGAACUAGACGGAGACGGCGAAUCUGAAGUGCACUAGCCCUUUCUUCGAGCAGUAGCUUAAUCGCAACGGCCCGGUAACCACAGCGCCUCAGGGGCGCCAGACGGAACUGAAGCCAGGUUUUAACUCGAACGUGAAUAAUGUUACCGUCUCGUUCGGCUUCCGUGGAGGCUGCGCGAAAUGCGCUGGUGGGUGAAAUGAAGGAAGGGGAAGCCCCGAUUCAUUGUUCCCUGAGACGGGUGGGCAGCUGCGUCGAAGACAUGCUUGAAACUGAGGAAGUCCACGGGGUCCUUUGUUCUAAACCUCCUGUCAGAGAACAGCCAACUCUUGGCUACCUAAUAACAGGGAUGUUAGGAGACAAAAUAGAGGAAAACAGGCGCGAGUCGCGUUAUCCUGGUUGUGAAAGCACCGAAUCAUCGUGUAGCCCAUCGGUUGUGCAACAUCAGUGCCGUCGCGCGUGGCAUAAAGAAGAACAUUCAAAUCCGACCAACAGCGAAAGCGAGGAGAGAACAAGAUGUCCGUUCCCUGAGGGGCACAAUGUUUCUGAUUUUGGACAUGCUUCAAAAAACGAGGGCCAGCAUGGAUGCCGAGAUGAAAAACGAGAAGACAGGCAUGUAGCAGAAGAUCAGCGAGGGAGAGCAGGAAAUUUGCGUUUUUCUUCAGACAGAGAUGAACGCGAAUGUCCUUUGUCCGCAGUGCAGCCGGGGACUCUCAUGUCACAUCUUGAAGCGGAAGGGGAAGCAAUAAAAUAUGUAGAGGAUAUAGGCACCAAUGAAGGAUGUGGGCUUUUGACAAUCGAUCAAGGAAAACAAGAAUGUGGUGUUUGUGCCCCCCUGUCACGUAAGGACGGUUUCGGGUUUCUUGCGGCCACGGACUGGCUGUCCCACGACGGAAGAGAAAGGAAAGAAGACAGGAGGGACGAAGGUGCAUCAAGGGGGACCGACGGCAGGGGAGUAGCGCAAAAGCUGAGAACAAGUAAAGAAGACGAAAAGCGGAUCGAGAGCAGUGCAGACCAUGUGGUGCGACAAACGACUCAUGAGGUGACAAAAACGCGAAAAAAGGACUGUACAGCAAAAGAAGAAGAUAAUCUUUUGACACGCAUGAGGAACCACGGCGACUUGCCACAGAACACAGAGACAUCGGGAAACAGAGGGCUCAGCACAGACACAGAAGAGUGGCAUAACAUACCAGACCAAAGACUUCGACAGGGCGAGGACAAGGCGAGCAGGUGCAGUGACAAGGGAUGUGUAGAAUCCUGCAAGAGGGAAACCUGGCCUUCAUUGGGUGCGAACGUUUGCGGCCAGAAGGAAGGAGAUACAGGAGAGGGCACUCGAGAAACACAAACAGGCCUGGCUGGGGGAAACCCAGCAUUCGUGUCCGGCGACGACAGCUUACAUGUAAAUUGCAGCAACCCCGAACGCCAGGAACGACGACAAGAAGAAGCACUUGAAGAAGAAUCAGGCGACGAAGACGAACAAGAACGACAUGGCCACGGGGGGAACGAACAAACAGACAACAGACGGGAAGAUGGACAGAGGAACGGCCUAGUCCAGAGAAAGAGAAGGGAAGCAACUGAAAGAGGAAAAACGGAACACGUGUGCUUGACGAGAAGAAGCAGUACUCGCUUGCAGAUGCCAGGUCAACGGAAAACUGGAUCGCGAGUUCAUGAUAUAUAUAGCGCGAUUUCCUCUGCAGUGGCUCAUCACCCAACGGCGUCGCUGGCAGCUGCUGGCCGUGGCGAACUUCCUCCUCCGCCCCGCCAGGCUUUUUCGCGAGACUUGGGAGGAGCUCCGAUUCACUGUAGUUCGCUGUUUCGAUCGUGUGCAGGCGGCAGCAGGAAGAUAGUGAAAGAAGGGGAGUGUGUGCCCGACCCUCGAGCGCGUCCCCUCAGAUGCUUCCCUCAUCUGUCGUGCCUUCAUCGGCCACCCAAAGAAGACGCCGUGCGAUUUCGACAGAGUGAAGCAGACGAAGGACAAUCGGGCUGUACACCCUGGCCGUCGGCAUCAUGUUGUGCCUCUGCAUCUGCUCCAGCAGACUCCUCUUUGUCUGCCGGCCUCCUUCCGUCGUCUCGUUCUGCGAGUCCGUCUCAGAUGUCAGAGAAUGGAGCAGUGAACCUCUGGGGAGAAGCAGGGCGUUUCCAUGCCCGUAGAUGUGUCUUUGACGACGGGAGCGAAGGCCAACAGGCCUCUGGGCCCCUUUUUCUGCCUUCCAGUUCACCUCAGGAAAAAGCAAGAAACUCGAUGCGUUAUGUCCCCAAGAAGAGCCCACCCCCCGUAGAUGUGGCGACGCCUUCAUAUGAUCCCCAUGCCUCUAGUUCUGUCGUUUCAAAAGACAGAGAGACAAGCACUGGUAUCACAAGUGGGGAGGCAGGUUACAACAGUGUCACACACAAACAUGAAGUUGGAGGAAGGAGACUGAGUGAGAGUGCCGGAACCCAACACAUGCCAUCACCAGCUUCUGUUGGUGGCAUCAACAUGAAACCUCCUGCAUUAUUGUUUUCUCGACGCCUAAGAGAGGCAAAAAGUGCCUCUGACGAGACCGGGAAGGCGCAGAUCUUGGAGGAGCGAGAAACCGUGACUCCGACCCAGACGCUCCACGAAUCGCGGGUCGCAGACGUCGUCUCUUCUGCUCUUGUCACUUCGUCUUCUGAUUUCUCUUCUCCCUCGAUGUUGACACCUGCUGCUACCCCGGACCGUGAACAAUUGCCACUGGACGUUGAUGCGAAAACUGGAAAUUCGCCCUGUAAUUUGAACAGGUUCCUGAAAGAUGAACAUUCAUGUACCCGCUCACCUGUCUCGUGUGUUGGCUUUUGUGUCCCCGUCCCACACGUAGCCCGAGAAACGAGGGACAUCGAAGACGGCCACACAGAAACGGGGGGGAAACCAGAGACAGUGCCAAAGGAGCGACUUGGUUCUGGUCACUCGGGGCGCGUGCCUCAAAGUGAAGAUGGCCUUUCCGGUUGUGUUACACUGCCCGGAGAUGGCAGGGCGAGGUCUGCGAGUGAGACGUGGACAACGGCAUCGAGUCGGCGAGAGAGACGAACGUUAAUGAUAGGCUCCCCUCCAUUUGCACCGGAUGAAGAGGAAGAACCUGAUGAUGAACGAGAUGUUCUGUUAGAUCUGCUCCACUUUACCUCGAAGCGGCGGUUCCUAAUGGACGAAGCAGAAGCGAUUGCACAGGCUCGUCUGUCGCUCCGAAAGAUGAAGAGGGAGUUACCGUUUCUGAUGCGAAAAAUUCUCGAAGAACGAAGAACAGAAAACGAAAGAGACGAAGCAAAAUGCCGUUUUCUACGUGAGUCGUCUAUGCGAAUGAAGGGGACAGAAGAUAAAGCAGACAGACGAACUACAGUGCUAAGGCCGCUGGACAAGGAAGGGAAACGAGAUGUUCCCUCUGUGGGGGCAACGACACUUCAGAGCGCUAGUGGAUCCUGCUCUCAGUCAGUGUCACCUGAGCACGAGAAGGCUGCGGAAUAUGAGGGAAUAACAGAGAUGAAGGGGAGCAAAGAACGUAUAGUGCCGCCUAUCUCUCCUUAUCCACGCUGGCCUGAUGCAGACGUCGACACUCCUUUGCAGCCGAAGCUGAAAGGGCAAGACGAGGGUGAAGGAAAUACGGGUGUUCGGUGGUUUGACCGAGGCGACUGGUGGAGAUCAGUCUCCGUUCCAUGCGAUUCGUUCUCCUCUGUCCCGGGCAUCUGUUCUUCUCGUUCCUCGUUUUCUACUCGUUUGCCUCCUCCCUGCUCCUCUACUUAUUCGUCCUUGCUCUCUCUUGGAGAGAGGGCAAGGAUUCCAAAACAGAGGAUUCGGAUCGUUCAGGACGACCAUGUGAUUGAUAAAACGCCGAACAGGGAGAUUCAGCUGCGCCGAGCAUUCUGCAGUCUACUUGUUGGAUAUGGCAAAUGGGAGGCAGCGCACAGCUUGAGCGUGGAUGAAGUUGAAGAAAUCCUUUGCUUUGCCCUCCCUUCCCUUUCCAGACGAGAAAUCGCCGACUUCCUAAGCACAAAUCUUCCAAACCCGCCACCUCGUACGGUGACGCCUGCGGACCUGCAGUUGGCUUCCCUUCUGCCUUCGCUCUUCGCUAUGAAAGAUGGAGAAUUCAGAGCAGCAAGGGAAGAAAACGAGGCAGAAACCGUACUUGUGGAGGAGCGCCUGCGGUCGACCUGUGCCAUCUUCCGGCAGCGGUUCAUCAAGAUGCUCUCUUGGCGCCUAAAUUACCAGAACAUACUUAGCCUUCAUGUAAACUUCACCGAUUUUUGUGACCUGUGCAGAUCCAGAAGCCCGGUCUUCACGGCUGCAUGCUUUCACCUCAUGCGGCAGGAGAGUUCGAAGCUGGCUUGGCCAGUUGUAGAGGCCCUCUCUACGUAUGAAGUCCUGUACGCAGCAUGGUACGUUGCGCAGCGCGUGCUGCAUGCAGACGGGGUAUGCCCUCAAAGGCUGCUCUGUCAUCCACAUUACCGUCGUCCGUCUGCGAAAGAGGGUAUUCUUGCCUGUCAUCUCCGCCGUUUCGGUUUUCGCUCCCUCACAGUUUGUUGCUGGAAUUCGCGGGCGAAAACGCGGGAGGAAACCGCAGGUCAACCUGAGAGCGACCUUCCUAUAUCGUACAAGUUGUUUAAGCGCAGCAAACCGGACACACCGGAUACCCCAUUGACACGGUGGCGCUUCAAUCGCGCUCUACCCAAGGUAUUUGGACAGCCGGAGAAAGCGGAAGACAGAGAAACGCGAGUGGCGAAGUCUUGCACCCUUCUACAGAUUAACGGACACCCAGAUGAGUGUUCGCUUCCUUUAAAUGUGAAGCGUCAUUGGCGUACCAAUUUAGAACGCUAAUUUUGUUUGGAACCGACUCUCCAAUUUUUGAGGGUAUUCGCUGUGCAGUACGGUAGGUCCUGGAGAAGAAGUCGUACGGAAAGGAAUAGAUGACCGGUGCGGCACGAACUGUAAAUCACUGUAUACAUCAUUCCGAGCAAAGUUUACGUAUUUCACCUGGCACACCUGCCCAGAGUAUAACAUUCAAGUGCCGACUCCUUGAGUAUAGACAAGGCAGAAUGCAGUCGGAAUGAAUUCAGACAUAUAAUUCCAGACUGGACGCACGAGGAGACACUAGCCUACAAGAACAGCAUGUCAACCAUAGGCGUUGAUUAGAAGAAUUUUGAUGAACGAAGAUAAUAACAGGAUUUUUACUUAGCAGUCUCGACGUGUCGAGCACUUCUCUAUAAUACAGCGUUGUGGUGAAUACGUUGAAGACUAGCCAUCAACUAACUAGCCACAAUAUGACUGCCUUCCAAAAUGCCCCUGAGAUCGAGC